ACACAGAACCGAAGCGCGCGGCCGUCAAUGGCACUGAGUAGUGCACGUCACCUGUCUUUAACAUGUAGCUAGAAACGCUAACACGGCUCGAAAUUCAACUCAGAUGACCAACACUCUGGUCGCAUUUGUGUUUUCGUUGAGCCGAAGUGAAACUGCAUGUCAAAGAUGUUCGUUAUAGCUCGUAAUCCAAGCCUAGAGCCGUUGAGGGUAGAACUGACCGUGUGAAUUUAACCGCAUUAGCUAACGUUAGCCAGCUAGCUGGGUUUACCUUUAGCUGCUCUAGUUGAAACGAGCUAAUAUCACCAACGUUCAAAAUAUAGAUGUUCAGCGAGUCGAUUCUCGAUCAUAAAGGCAAAUUUGACGGCCUCCUGGAACGUGGGGUCUUUUGGAGAGGAAACUUCAAUCGGAGAAACACGGUGGCCUAAGCCAUGGGGGCGUUCUUGGACAAGCCCAAAACAGAGAAGCAUAAUGCUCAUGGAGAGGGAAACGGCCUGCGUUUUGGCCUCAGCAGCAUGCAGGGAUGGAGGGUGGAGAUGGAGGAUGCCCACACCGCAGCCGUAGGCCUGCCGCACGGUCUGGACGACUGGUCCUUCUUUGCGGUCUACGACGGUCACGCCGGCUCACGUGUUGCUAACUACUGCUCUAAACACCUGUUGGAACAUAUUGUCGCCACAGGGUCGGCAGAUGAACUGCGGAAGGCGGGCGCUCCGGCGCCUGAGACGCCAGCCAUAGAGGCGGUCAAAAGGGGUAUCCGCACCGGCUUCCUGAGGAUCGAUGAGCACAUGCGCAGUUUCACAGACCUGCGGAACGGCAUGGACCGCAGCGGUUCCACUGCGGUGGGUGUGCUGCUCUCUCCGGAACAUCUGUACUUCAUUAACUGCGGGGACUCACGGGCCCUUCUCUGCCGCAACGCGCACGUCGGCUUCUCCACGCUGGACCAUAAGCCCUGCGACCCACGGGAGAAGGAGCGUAUACAGAACGCAGGUGGCUCUGUAAUGAUCCAGAGGGUUAAUGGAUCGCUGGCUGUAUCCCGAGCACUGGGUGACUAUGACUACAAGUGUGUGGAGGGCAAGGGUCCCACAGAGCAGCUUGUGUCUCCAGAGCCAGAAGUAUUCGAGAUAGUUCGUUCAGAUGCGGAGGAUGAAUUUGUGGUGCUGGCGUGUGACGGUAUCUGGGAUGUGAUGACCAACGAGGAGCUUUGUGCCUUUGUGCGAUCAAGGCUGGAGGUGAUGGACGACCUGGAGAGAGUGUGCAACGAAGUUGUGGAUACUUGUCUACACAAGGGAAGUCGAGAUAAUAUGAGUGUUGUAUUAGUCUGUUUGCCAAAUGCACCCCAGGUGUCAGAGGAGGCGGUAAAGAGAGAUGCUGAGGUGGACAAGUACCUCGAAUCGCGUGUGGAAGAGCUCAUAGAGAAAGCAGGGGAAGAAGGUGUGCCUGAGCUGUUGAUUGUCAUGAGCACCCUGUCCCAAGAAAGUAUCCCUAAUCUCCCACCAGGGGGCGGCCUUGCCAGCAAGCACAGUGUUAUUGAAGCAGUGUACAACCGGUUGACCCCCCAAAGAGAAGAGGAUGGUCCCACCUGUUUCAUUUGAGCGGUGCUGACCUUGAGGACCCGUGGUAGUCGUCCCACCUGAGGGAGGAGCCCCUUUUCUACACAAGACAUCAGUCACGUUUCUUUUGUUCCAGUGAAAUCAAGAGAUUCAACGGACAGUCUUUCAAGAGUCACAACACAGUGGAAACACAGUACAACCAAAAGCAUUACAAACACUUUUUUUUCUAAUACAUGAGGGAAAGAAUGUUCCAGUUUUAAAAACAACUACAUCAAAAUAC